CCCCCGAUGGCCCCAGCGCCGCCACUGGGAGCGGAGGUCGGACCGCUGCGGAAAGCCAAGAGCUCUCGGCGAAACGCGUGGGGGAACCUGUCUUAUGCCGACCUCAUCACCAAAGCCAUCGAGAGCGCCCCGGACAAGCGGCUCACGCUCUCUCAGAUCUACGACUGGAUGGUCCGUUACGUGCCCUACUUCAAGGAUAAAGGCGACAGCAACAGCUCGGCCGGCUGGAAGAACUCCAUCCGGCACAACCUGUCGCUGCACACCCGUUUCAUCCGCGUGCAGAACGAAGGCACAGGCAAGAGCUCCUGGUGGAUGCUGAACCCCGAGGGCGGGAAGACCGGCAAGACCCCGCGGCGCAGGGCCGUGUCCAUGGACAAUGGAGCCAAGUUCCUGCGCAUCAAGGGCAAGGCAAGCAAGAAGAAGCAACUGCAGGCACCUGAGCGAAGCCCCGACGACAGCUCCCCGGGCGCACCAGCCCCAGGGCCUGUGCCUGCCAAGUGGCAGACGAGCCCCUCAAAACAGCUGGUGCUGGGCAGACGGGUGCCUGGGACAGUCCAGACUUCUGGCCACCCGACUGGCAUUGGCCCUGAGUAUGGACAGGCCUCGAGGGAGAUGAAAGUUGCAGCCAAGUCCCUGCCCCCACUCCUCAUGGCCCCCGCCCCAGGCCUUGUCGCCCCUGGAGCCUAG